AUGAACAAUUCUACUACAUCUGUUUCUACUUCUUCUGUUGCCAAGGGAAACGAGUUUGAGGCUAAAGUUUUGAAGACUUUGAGGAAUAUGAACAUUGAUUGUCAAAGAGUGAGAGAAUUGGAAGCGCAUCGUGGCCGCAGAUUGUCCGGUGGUGACGGUGGUGUGGAUAUUUUUGGGAAUCACGACGAAUACUUGAUCUUGGUCCAAUGUAAGAACUAUACGACUGCAAAGGUUGGUGUUGGCGAGAUUGAUGCUUUUGAGGGGGUGAUGUCAAGAUACCCGAGGAAUACCACAAUAGGAAUUUUUAUAUCAUCGGCCAAGGACGGUUACUCAAGACCUGCCAUUGCAAGAGGGGAAUUAUCAAAAUAUAACAUGUUGCUGACGAAUAUGUUGGACAUGUGUCAAGAUAUUCCUGGGUACCUGUCCAGAAAAUUAAAAGAUGAUUCCGUAGCAGAAAAAUCCCGCAAGAUUGAAGAAAUAAUUCUCGCACUGGACCAGGAUCAAAAAAGGAAGAUAGAAGCUUUAGAAGAAAAGAUUGCGACGAUGUAA